CAUGGCGGAGGAGCGGGGGGCCGAGCUGGGGGCCGCCCCGAAGCGCCGCAGGGAGCCCGUCUGCAGGCAGCGCCGCUCCGUGCGCUCCGCGGCGCGGAGGGGGCGGUGGCAGCCAAGCUGGGGGGGCCGCAACCGCUCCGCGCAGGGGGGGAGCCGCGACGGAGGGAGGGGGCGCCCGGGGAAGCGGCGUGUGCCGCCGGGGAGGCGGAGGGGGGAGGCUGCACACGCAGGCACCGAGGACGAAGUUGGGGGGGGGGAGGUGGCGGGGGGGCAGCAGGCUUGGCGUGCACGGAAAGCCCGGCUCCACGGGGGAGGGGGACGGCAGCAGCGCGGAGGGUCCGGAGUCCGGCGAGGAUGCUACGGCGGCGCCCGGCGCGGCCCCCCGCCGCGGGCAGCGGCACCGCACGCUGCGCGGCCGCGGAGCGAGGAAUUGGCUCGAUCCCGGCGAUCCCAGGAGAAGCUGCACGGAUCCACUCGGGGGCGUCAGAUGCAGAAGUCGCUUUUGGAGAGGCCAGUCAGCGCAGCUCUGCACCUUCCUGAGGCGGUGGGAAGCUCUAGGAACUGAGCAGACAGCCAUGGCUCAAGGCGGCUCUCUCACUACUCUGAGUUUCUAUGAUACCCUCAGCGGGAUGACAACAAUUUACACUAGCAAAGGAUCUAGCCCCUCACGUAUUGCUAAAGCACCUUUUAUGCUCUUAAACCAUUAAUAAUAUCUAUUAGGUAACCUUACUAAUCCCUUUGAGGAAGGAUUUUCUUUACUGUACUGAUGGCUGAACUGAAUAAAGCUUCAUAUGUAA